GAAGAGGUGUUCUCCAGUAAAAUCUAUCUUGUUACGAAUCCAUACGUAUGCCAGUUAUACGUGUUGGUCUGAUACCGUUAAUUGGAUUCAAGACAAGCAUUCGGACGAAACCGAGGACGAAACUCAAUUUCAAGAAAUUUUGUGUACUAGUUCAAUAAGAAACCCGUAGCUGCAUGUACUUAUGUAUGUAUUAUAUACAUGCCUAAAUACCAUGAAGCAAGCGAAAGGCCAAAUUAACGAGCACAUUCAGAAGAAACUUUUCCACCCACUUAUGAUUGCUCCGGUCUUGAGGGGGACUUCGAUGAAGUAGUGAAUGGAAUCGAUGUAUGAAAUUUAAAACCAUUAAAAUAUAGCUCGAAAAAAAGCAUCCCACAAUCUUCAGAUCAUAGUAUUUUUUUCAAGAAAGAUAUAAAUUUAAGACUUCUGCGGUGAAAAUAAAUGUGCAAAAAGAUUCUCGUAGACAUAUUUCUAAAUACAUAUUGAUACAAAAGGUUCUGCCGCAUAUUUGACUGAGCCUCUUUCUAGAGCUGCACGUUUUGUAAAAUUCUAUUAAAAUUUAUACCAAUAUUUUUGAACAGAUCAAACGAGUAAAUAUGCCUGCAGAAUACAAAUAUGUAUAGCCUUGCGGUCUAUGUCUGUAUCUAAUACUAGAUACAAGGUGACAGACCGUCGGUCUUCGCGUUUUACGUGGGAGGGGUAUAAAAUUUAUACGCGACGCGCGUAAAUUUCAAGGCCAGAGAUUUGGAACCAUUCCGAAAAUUGCGAAAGCACUGUAGACCGUUUUACACUGGAAUCCGUAGGCCGACGGUGAUAGAGGUGAUACGAAGAUUGAGGCUCGGAUAGGAAAAAGCAAUUUAAUACGAUGUCGCGAUGCACGGGAUAGGAGCAGGUAGGUGUACGUGCAUAGGUAUAUCCACAUGAUUUGUGAAAGCGUAAAUAGAAAUCGAUGCUAUUCUCAUUUUUCUGCAUUUUUAUGCCAUCCAGCAAUCGCAAUAUAUUAUGUGUACUAGCUGUCGAGAUUAAAUGCACGACUUCCGCGUUAGAACAGUUUCUUUUGCUAAAAAAUUGAUGCGUUGUGAUAAGAAGUCUUCGUUCGUUUGAGCAGUUGGAAACGACGGGGAGGAAGAAAUACAUUUUUGGCCAACGGUAUACGUGGUGUGAGUCCGAAAAUUUUUCAUUAUACUCUUGCAAUUCAGCAGAAACCAUUAGCCCACGCGGAGAGGGUCUAAAAGAUUGUUGAUAAAAUUAAGGGUGGUGCUUAUACAAGAGUCACGCGCAUAAAAUCAAUGUUAGCAUUAAUUAUGAGGCGUGCCAACGUUCGAAUUACCGCAAUUAGAGAUCCGCAAUUUGGCAAGGUGAAAGCUUUCUAAUAAAUUUUUACGUUCAAGUUCGGCCCACCUUUCGAUUCGCUUUUGGCAUCCCUUAAACUAGUGGCGAGUAGUAGCAGCUAUCCUGACGCACGGAUAAAUCGAUUAUCUUCAUCGGCAUAAUUUUGCAACGAUCGCAAAUAAUUUAAUCGACGGUCAAAAAUCUCCCAAGACGAUCAGAUAUAGUGUACGAAAGUUCGAAUCCUAAUCGUACAGCAAACGAGGGAUUUUUCUUCUUCAAAGUCCCCGUAAUGUUGACCCUGCUGAUGAAGCGGGUCGUUACAGAACCAAAGAGGAAUACGGUAAGAGUACAGAAAAAGAGAAAGAGGAGGAAUUUCCUUGGAGAACAAUUUUUUUUACCUAGAAUAAAAUCUGAUACAGGGUAUAUGAUUAAUAUACGUAUUGAUCAAUAUCAUUCGCGCACACGGAGCUGCUAUUAGUUAAUUUUGUCGUUGUACACUAUUGUUCCAGCAUGUUCUAGGUUUUUGCAAUAUAAUCUCUAUAUGUGUUAACGUGCACUCCACAUUCUAAGAUUUUAGAAUGUAAACUUUAGACGAGUGACUGGUGACAGACGAAGUAGGAUACAGGGGAGGUUUUUGGAGUACGAGACGCGCCUGCUCCCAUCGGAUAGAUCCGGUGGCUGGCUUUGUGUUUCGGGGGUAUCUUGGCUGUUUGGACCGAAGGCGCGUCGAUAUGCGACCGUGUGUUCCUGAAACCGUCAUCAAUAGCCACGGACAUUGGAAAAAAUACCGGCAUAUUCAAUAACAGCGGGACCGCGCAAUCCCCUUAGAUAUAUACCAGCAAAAAAGCGCCCCUGCGUGAAUCUAAAUUUUUCAUGUAACCAAAUCUGUUGACGGGCAAAUAUUUUAUUGCAUUCCAAAUUCGCGACAUGAUUUGGAUUCGAAGUGCAGUACUAGUUACUUCAGAAACUGAUAAAUCGGUUAAAUACUCAUAUUGAUGUAAACAGAAAAUCGAGGCGUAACUAAUUUCUACUGACAUAGGUGGAUUUUAUUGAGAUUCUCGUUUUCUUUUCCAAUCCACCUCGAUCGACGAAUGAUCGUGAGUCAAUAGAAGAUGGAACAUCAUUUUUCGAAGGUCGAAAAACUGAACCAUGCGCGGGGGAUCCGACGAUGGCCUUGCCACUCUGGACCUCGGGAGGCUGAAUGAUUGAAACGAGUGAAGGCUGCUGGAACGUAGCCCGGGAUUUGGAUAGGUAGGAACUAGGAACACAGGGCUCGGGUGCUCGACGCUCAGGCGCUCGGUAGGGCGUCGAGGUGAUCGGGCGUCCGCGCGAGUUUCCCCGCGAGUGGGUGAUAGUGGGGUAAAGCGUCGCGACGCGCAACCCGGGCAUCAGCCAGUAUCGUGCCCGACGCGUACCUUACUACUUGUUACCGGGCCCGGUACUCAAACUUUGCACAUGGCCGAGCGACUGGCUGACGAUGUCACUUGCAGUGUCGAGUGAUAAGUGAUAAGUGACAACGGUCAAACCGAGGUCCUCGAACACCGCGGAUUCCGGGUGCCCGGCAAGGGCGUUUGAAUAUUACGUCUGCAUUCGAUAUUCCAUUUGAAUUUUAUUAAUUUUUUUUUCAAGGGGUGCCGCGACUCGCCGCUCAUGUGUUUCGGACACCGGUGAUUUCGUAAUGUCCAGGGGCAGACUGCACAUUCGCCGAUAAUAUUGCGGUGAUUUUACAGAGGGAGAAUGUAAGUGGGGGAUGAAAAAUCCACAGCACUUGAUAAGCAUUCCUACAGAACCUUGAACUGGUCGGAUUUCGACGUUUACACAGCUCAGAUCCAGCCGCGGAUGAUAAAAUUGGUGGGAUUUUCGAAACGCCGUAUAACGCGACGUGAGAAUCGUCGAGACAUUUUACAGGGGUUGUUGGGAUAACUUGUUUUUCUUUUCUUUGGUUUUAACCACCGUGUUGCGAGUAUUUGAAGCUUCAGGGAAAAAUUGUGCCGCAAAUUGUGAAGUGUACCGGGAAAUUAGUCGUUGACGAGUGAGAAUUGAGGUAAUAUUAACACGCGAGGAGUACUCUUAGUUCGUCGCUCUUUCUAAAUUAAAGAAGAAGGGUAGAAAAAAGUGAUAACUCCGUAACAUAGUGCCAUUUCGAAGCAUAUCGUGAUUUUAAAUCCUACUACGUUUAGAGUUGUAGGAAAAUAAAGACAAAAAUAAGACACGCCCAUGAUAAGGGUUGUUUGUUGAUAAAAUUCUAUUUUUGUUUGGUUUAUUCUUACGAAGCCACGAUCAAACGAGUGACUCAAAGAGCAUAGGUCAUCAUUUGAUCAACAAAGUUUUCAAUAUUCAUCAAACAGAAAAAAAAAUCAUCUAACGAGCUGUUAACAUAACACAUGAUCAAAGGAGGCUGAAUUCUUCUAAUCACCAACAGCGAUCGACCCCACGAGUUCAACCCUGAACUCUUCAGCAUAGUAAUUGAUUGCAGAAGAUUGUCAAUGAGCAAUUCACGUGUACGUAAUGGGCGAAUAUAAAUAUCAUGACAACCACUGAGUUGUAUCGAAGGUGUAACGAUAAAUAAGUGAAAAUAUAGAGCGACGAAGCAAUAAACCGAAGGAGGUGCAAUUCUGCGCCGGGCGAUUGGGCAGCUAGGUGACAGUUCAACGGUGCGGAAGCGAAAACAAAUGAACAUCGCGUGUUUGCAGAGAUACGUUCUAUCUGGCUUAGCGGGUUCUUUGGCAAAUCUGCUCGAGCCUAUACCCCAGGGCUUCUGUAGUUGCCUCUGAAAUUUACAGCUAUGCAGUCCUAUCGAGGUAGCGAACAAGGGAUGCUUUGAAGAAGAGAACGAUCAUCGGCGGACACCACGUACUUCCGUAUUCCGGAAUAAGUCUUCCUUAAGCUCCGAUGAAAUAAAUUUGGGAACAUCUGCUUGAGUUACUUGCGAAUCGAAGGCGUUGGACUUGAUGAGGUUGUUCGCAUCGAAUUAUAAUCGAGAAUAGCCGACUUCUGCGGUAAUACAUUUUUUUUUUCGCGUUGACCGUCAAUUAACUAUGGCUUUAGAAAAUAGUAAUAAAAUUCCGAACCAGCUGCAUAUGGGUUUCUAAUCGAGCAGCAGUAAUCGACGCAAUAAGAACAUCGCUACAUCUGCUUCGUAUAGCCCAAGUGUCUUUACGCAAUUUGGUUAAAAUAGUUGCUCUAAUUACGAACUCACCCCAUCCCUUAACAAUGUUAAGAGCACCGUUGCAAUCUUGAAGAAGUUCGACGGAAGGCUAAGGUCGACAAAGGGAACAUGGCCACGCCGCCAGACUCACCGGGACCGGAAGAGGCGCUCUUCGAGUUCGAGAGCACGCGUGCUAGACAACCAACAACCAGGCCAGUCGCCCUAGAAGAGCUACUUCGUCAAACAAAAUUUACCAGACAAGAGAUACGCGUUAUGUACCGCGGAUUUAAACAGGAGUGUCCCGAAGGAGUGGUCCACGAAGAUUCCUUCAAGGACAUAUACGCAAAGUUCUUCCCGCACGGCAACUCGAGCCUGUACGCCCACUACGUGUUCAAGGCCUUCGACGUUAACUGCAACGGAGCCAUCAGCUUCAGGGAUCUUUUGGUUACGCUGUCCACUCUACUGAGGGGCAGUAUAUACGAGAAGCUGAGGUGGACGUUCAAGUUAUACGACAUCAACGGGGACGGCUGCAUUACCCGGGGCGAACUUGGGGAAGUAGUAACGGCUGUCCACGAACUUAUGGGACGACGCCAUCAAGUUGAUGAAGAAAGGGUUGCCCGCGAGCAACUUGACAGAGUAUUUCGAAAGCUGGAUCUUAAUCAGGACGGUGUCAUCACCAUCGAGGAGUUUAUCGAGAGCUGUCUCAAGGACGAAGUAAUCACACGAUCCUUGGCAAUGUUCGACUGUGAGCUUUGAUCUCCGGCUUCUCCAGUGGCCGCGACCCCUCCUACGCCCGCGACACCCGCAACGCCACCCUCGACAACACCCUCUCAAUCACCGGCCCCGUCGCCCCCGCGGUAUUCCUUGCUGCCCCCGAUUCCCCCCCUGCCGCCCCCACCGCCUCCUGGCUACACAGCCCAGGAUCACGAACUUUACCUGCUUCUUGCAGCGCACUGGUGGGACCAACAGGAUACGCCACUCUUUUGUUAAAAGUUAACCCAUCGCUCAAGCUCGUUGAAUGAUCAAUUGAAAGCGUGAAAAAGAAAACCUGAAGAAGAAACAAAGGGUGAAUAAAAAGUGUAAAUGCGUCCACAACCCCCGUGAUUCGUGGUGUGCAGUGUAGAAAAAUAAAAAGAACAAAAACGAAAGAAAAAUUUUAAUUAAACGUAUUGUACUUGCGCAUCGUUACGUUACACGAGGACGGAGAAAUUAUUUUUUUCCGAAAAUUCGCAACUCGAGGUCAAGUUCCUGGGACGCCGAAGAUCAGGGACGUAACUGCACCGCAGGAGAUAUACUCUAACUUACAUACGCUGUUCGUUAAUUAAAAUAAUUCAAUGACACGUGGAUCUGUGGGUGAAAUUUGUGAUUUUAACGCGGUACCCGCGACCACAUCGAGAAGCGACGAGUCCGCAGUGCUCGGUACUUUGAGUCAUGCUAAUCUAUAAUUAUAUACAUGCAUAAUAGCCGAGCAUUUUAUUCGGCAGGAAACGGAACUCGAUUCAAUUUAAAUCGCGAGCCAAAUUGGUUUCCGCCAUUCUACUGCAUUGCAUUGCCAAAAAAAAGAGGAAAAGAGGAAAAGAAAAAGGAAAGGAAGAAGAAAAGAAGCGCUAAUUAAUCGAGCGGACUCGUGAGUAAAUUGCUAGUUACCCGAAUUCAAAAUUACAAUGAUCGUGAAUUAUCGUUGAACACGUAUAAUCGCAAUUGACCCGAGGAGCGACACUCGAUGUAACCGUGCAAAAAAACGUGAAAAUAUAAUUACCCCGCGGAUAAUAUAAGCGAUUGUAAAUGUAUAUGAAUAUAUAUGUGUAAAUAUAUGAGCGUAUUAUCCUAUGAAACUGACGAAAGAAGAACAAAGAAAAAGAACAAAAACUAAAAACCGAAAAUCGUCUACCGAUGUUAACGUUUAUAAAUAUUCAUUGACAAAUAUAGGUAAUUAAGCGCCUUUUUCAGUAUUCAAAUCGCCGUGACGAGGCCACGCUUGACUUUGCAAGACAGAGAUAUAAAAAAUUAUUUACCUGUUACAUAAUAUAUUUAUCUACUUGUUAAACAUGCUCGACAUAAUAUCAUUUAUAUAUUACAUAUGUAUCGCGCAUAUAUAAUUAUAUAAGUAUAUAUUAUCGCACGUGCGUGAGGCGUUGUGCCACGAUCUAUGAUUGUAAAUUAUAUACCUGUUAUAUUAUUUUCGAGGCAAAAAGCAAAUCCAAAGAAUCAUGAAAAAGGAUAUAUAAAUCACGAAAAAAUGAAAACAAAAAAUGUAUGGAAAUCUCGUACGCAUUACUCGCAAGAAUCUGUGGCAGUCCCCCAGCAUGUCAACGAGCCAUAUAUAUCGAUUCGUUUCCCCUCUUGUAUGUACAUCACUUAUGCAUCGUUGCACUCUACAGAGUGUUACGAGGAAAAGCGAACGAAUCCGAUAAAUGCAUCCUGUAUUCAUAAAACCAAGCAAUAUUUAUAUUUACAUACAGAAAUUAUAUAGUAUAUAUCAUUAUCGUAAUAUGUACAUAUACAUGUAUAAUAUCAUUUUCUCUUUUUAUUUUCUUUCUUUAGACCGUCAGGUGAAAAUUUUCAGUUGUUCCGAGGUAAGAGGCAAAAAGAGAUUUUUCUAUUCAGACAAACUGUAAUAUUGUAUUAUCCGCAUUUCUUAUCGUUUUAAUUACGACGUUCCUGAGAAUCGUUAUAGCUGUACACAUACAUUAAUUCAUACGGUUUUCCGACGAUGACAAUCGUCGUAAGUUUUUUUUUUUUUUUUUUUAAAUUAUUUUUGGUACAAACAAUAACGCGGGCGUGUUGAAAGUAAUGAUAAAGUGAAAAACAUUCGUACGAAUCGUGUGAAUUUAUAUUGUGUGAUGAAUGUACGCGUUGUGCGUGACAACAAAAAAAUCACACACGUAAUCGUUAAGCGAAUAAUCACAUGGAAAAUUGAAAGAAAAGUAAAAUAAUAUGAAACAAAAAAAUUAUUACCUUCGGUAUGAACAAAAUAUAUAAGAUACGCGGCUGUGAAUUCAAGAUCGUCCAGACUCUUCUAAGUGUUCUCGGUAUGAUACGAAAUCCUCUUUCUAUGUACGAACGAUAUAUGAUAUUCGAACUACCGAAAAAUAACAAGUAAAAGAUAAAAUUAAAAGAGUAAAAAUUAACGUAAAAAUAACAAAUAAUAAUUUUGAAAAUUAAAUGAAGAGGUAAAAAUGACAAAAAUUCUUCCAAGCGCAUCGAGCACCAUGUGUAUAGUAUGUAAUACGAGUGCAAGUGCAGUUCAAUUAUAUAAAUGAUGAAAUAGUUGUAUAAUAACGACGAUUCGAAUAAGACAUAACAUAUAAAAGAAGACGAGAGAACGAACAAAAAAUAAAACAGAUUUAAUACAAUUCCAAAGCGUGAAAUGGAUCUUAUUGUUAGAUUGUUAAUCUAUCCAAUUAUUUACUUUUCUUUAAAAAAUUAAUGGACUCACUCGGACAGUUAUUAUUAUACAUAGACAGAAUAUAUAAAGAUUGUAUUAUCCGAAUACAUGAGAAGCUGUACGAUAGAAAAAUUUUCUUAGAUAUAGUUAUUAAAAUUUGUAUAAUUCGUUGGCACAUAAUGUAUAAAUUAGUAGUCGAAAUGGAGAUAAUAUAUGAGUUUGGUGGAUCUAGAACUCCUGGGUUAAUAGACAUGCUGCAGUCGGCUGUGGGCAAUAUUUAAAUUUUAGAACCGAUGAAUAAAAAAUGGUGAUCGUACUAUAAUAAUACAUAUAAUAAAACAAACCACUGCAAGAUGUUGAAUUCAGGUCUCGAUGUUAUCGUCUCGGUGCAGCAGCGGAUAUUAUGUAGGUAUAGGUGUAUGAAAUAUUAGCAACAUUAGCAAAUCCUAGUUUUAAUAUUGGCAUGAAAGGAAUUAUAAGAAAGUCGCGAAUGAACGUUAAAAUCUACUUGUACUUAUACUCAACGUAUACCGCAGGAAAUACUUGAAAUAUCCGACUGUACGUAAAUCUGAAUGGAACAAUGCCAACUAGCGCUGUUUCUAGUAUUGCGUAAUACCGUUAUACCAUUUGUCAAAUAACUGAUACACUUUAACCCCUUCGGUUUUAUACCCUUAGACGGCGUGUAAUAAUUUAGGACUGAAUCAGGCCAUAGACGAGUCGAACGAAUAAUCUGGAACCCAACUGUAACCUCACCUUUCCAUACACGCGCGAAACCAAUCCAAUUUGCUCUUUACACGACUGACCGAGACCCUUGGGCCUGGUGUAGAAUCAUAAAAAUUGGCCAGCCCUUUUUAUCCCUGCGAAAAAAGGAAAAUAAAAUGAAAAGAAGAGAAGAACCGUCGUAUAUAAAGUCGGUAAGCUUUCAGGACUUUCGGACUUUCGGAAAUCUUUUCCAAAGCUAAUUGCCUUUGAUUUUUUUUCGAUCAAAGUUGACUUUUUUCACCUUCACGGCGAUGACAGAUUUCGGCUUUUAAUCAUCACCGAUCGACUAAAGAUUGUUCGAUGAAGCCAAGUGUACGGGGUCGAGUUCAAAGCUGAAUACAUCAUACUCUGUACGAAUUUUGAAUUAUAUACAGUUGACAAUCGAAUAUUGAUCGUAAAGAAAGUAUAAACAAUCCAUAAUACAUUUUUAUAUCCCGAAAUUGUUUAUCUUACGAUCUCAUGAACAUUAAAUUUUCUAUUUUGAGGCAGAGAGAAAGGCAUCAGCGGAAACGAUGGUAUACGCGCUGCCAAAAUUUAUUUCAACAUUCAACGAUGCGAGAUAAAAGAAAAUUAGUAAAGAUGAGAAUCGCCGCUGCUAUACAACGUUGAAAAGAAAGAAACCAAGAGAGAUGGAAGUUCUUUUCCUCUUUUAAAUUUCUGCAUCAAUGCAAUUUGGGUACUUGGAUGAACAAGUAUGGAAAUCAGUUGUCGAAUAUGAUUGCACGCAUCGGCCAACGACUUUAUCGUGGAUCGGACGAUAAAAUGAUAACGAAGGGCGCAAAAGAAAUGGAUAUGAGAACCAAUAUGGCGUUGGUAAUGGGGUUUGCUGCAGUAGGUUGUAGAGUUGAAGUAGGUAAAUAGACGCUACGGGAGCCUCGAAAAUACAAAUGUUCUUUAAUGGCCCUGCAGCGCGGCAUCGAAUGCACCAUUUCAGAGAUGCAUAUGCCGUACAAAACUAAGGAACCUACAGACUCUAUAGAAGGAUGUAAAUGCAACCUAAAAAUAUGUACGUUACAUACGUAUAAUAUGCCUGCAUGGUUUGUAUUUGCCAAGAGCUGCACAUUGUUAGUGCCAGCAAAUAGAGUCGUAACACGCAAUUCCAAAAUUCAAAUCCUGCUGCAGGUCUUGAACAAUGCGCAUAUUACAUUAGGUAUCGUACCUAAGGUAUAAAUAUUUUCAGUAAAAUCGUAACAUAAACACCUCGCUACCAUCUUUAGGAAUAUAUUUUUUGACCCAGUUACGUCCCACUGAAAUGGUUGUCAUAUAUUUGAUCCGCAAUAUUUUAUUUAUAUACAUAUUGCCAUUCAAAGUAGAACAACGUACAUAUAUGUAUAUUUUCCAUACAUGCGAAAUCUUUGCAUAAUGCGCGCGCGGAUAUUAAUUUUUAUAUCUCGUACACGAAUGUAUCGGCCAUCGGCGAUAGGAGCAAUGCCAGGAAAAACCGACGACAUCGCUCCACCUAUAUAAAAGGUCUGUUAAAGAAUAGUUUUCAGCAGGUUUUGUAAAUUGGAUAAGCAAAUUUGAAUGUCGGCACGGUUGAUAUAAAUUGGUGUAAAAAUGUAUCAUAUUAUACGUAUAGCGUACCCUACAUUUGCAGUCCCAGGAAGAAGUUCAUGCACCGAGAAGUUUCCGAAGCACUUUCCGCAAGUUUCUAUUGUUUUAUUCCUUAUUUCUUGUGUCUUCUCCUCUGCAGUUCCGCUUGCAUAAUCCUCGAGGACGUCGCUUUUGUCAAGAGAAACUAGACAUGGUAGAAAAUAACUGCAACUAGGGGUUGAAAUUCCAGGGUUAGGACACCGUCUACGUCGUUGCUAGGUAACGAUCGCGGGUAGAGCGACUUCCGUAACAACGCGUUUGAAGUCGAAGCCAACGAAGAGAAAAACAAAAGGAAUAAAAUGGAAAAAAAUACGAGAAGUAAAAAAUAUGAAAAAAAAGAUGAGGUAAGAAAAACGAUAAGAAAAAAUUUAUCGUGGAUUCGACGCCGACGAGAUCGCGACGAGCGAAGAAAAUUAAACUUGCAUGUGGGACACCGUUUCUGCAAGGAUAAAAUGAGAAAAUGAAAAAAUGGAUAAUUGGAUUUGAGCAUCAACGCCAUAUUGGUUUUCUUCUCCAGAUCAUUUUGCAGAGGUUGAAAUAUUACGUUGUUUCUGUUCUCAAUUUUGAACCAAACGCAUCUGCAUUUAUCAUAGGACUAUAUUGGUCAAUGGAUCCACAUUAAUUAAUUAUAUGAAGAUCAUCACGCACCAAUAAAAGAUAAAAUUUUUCAUUAACGGUAAAAUGAAAUUUGAGCAUCAACCAAAGUUUCUGAAAUUUCGAUGAACAAAAAGAUUAAUUAGCAUGGCACCUCUCUUUUAUUUUCGCAUAUAGCUGACCAAUUUGACGUACGAAUUUAUUACCGUCUAAGCUACAUACUUACAAGAUAAAUAAAUAAAAUAAAAUAAAGAUGGAUACUAUAAAUCAAUCGUAUGCGUGGUGAACUGAAUCAAUCGAAUUUCAGAGCUUCUUUGCAAAAUAUUUAACCUGCAUAAUAACUACAUGGAAUGAUGUGAUUAUCCAACGUGUUGCCGACGUGAUAAUUAUUACAUUCUUUCAUUGAAAUUUGUAAAAAUUUUUGAAACGAAAGAUUUAUAUGCCCAAUUACAUGUGCACCAUGCCCUAUAAUGCGAUUUUGCAUAACGUCACCUUUAUCUUUUUGUAUACAGAAUCCAAAGUUUUUUACGGAAAAAAAAUUAAUAAAAAAACAUUUCACAAAAGCAGGGCAAUAUAAGUUUUAAGUUUUAACUACAAAACUUUUGAAGCAUUUUAACCGCGCGUGACAAAAAGUACAGGCAUUGCACAUGUAUACACAGGUAUACCUGUACAACUUAUAUAACCACGUCUCGACGUCUCAAGUAUACCUGCGAACUGCGGUAAAUGAUAUUAUAAGUAUUAUAUUGAAAUUUUUCAACCCGCCUUUCAAACAAACGUUUAUGAUAUUUUAAGCCUGCGCAGAUUAUGCAUUGUUGAGUAGAUCAGCCUGUGUUUCAGUGAAUUAGAUCGCUGAAAAUGAUUUUAAAUUAGAAAGAAAUAAAAAUCAUCAAAUAUGAGAUAAAUGACAAAAUGUACCACAGGAUCAUUAAAUCCUCGCGCUUUUGUGAAAAUAAAUUCUUCCGAAUUCGGUAAGAACGUUGUUCGAGCUAUUCUCUGAGACAGAGACUGAUCAGAAAUGUUGUGUAUAUUUUUUUACUAAAUACUGUUAUUGUAAUCAAACUAUAAAUCUUAUUCUCAAAAUUGAGAGCGCAGUAAUUUGAUUGAUUAAUAGCCGUCGUUAUCUACGAAUGAAAUUUUUUCAAGAGUGUCUGAAAAACAAUUCCCGAAAAUACAUGCGUAUAAACCAGUCAAUUUCCUCAACUACUCUUCCCCUUUUAAAAUUGUGGGAAAAAAUCAAAUAAAAUGCAAUCACUCUACUGUUAUCAUCAUAAUAAAAAUCAGCACCAUCCUGAUUCGUUUAAUUGAGGGUUCAUUUGCAUUUUUUAUAGACGUGAUCAGUUAUAACAACUGCAAUAUCAAUAAUUUCAAAUAUAGUUGUAUAGCGAUCGAUAUGAAAUAGAACAGAAAAAAGCUGUAGCUGAUAGUCAAGCUAUAAGCUAUAGGCUCUAGUCAAUUCCUUAAAAUGUAGUCUCGUUAGGUGAAAUUUUCAAUUAUUUGUUGUACAAUUGAAAUAUAGCGUAUGUACUGAACAGUUUCGUUACACGAUAACAAAAUAGGGUACCUACAUUUCUAAUAUCUAUAUAAUCAAGUCCAAAAUGACUAAAGUUUAGUUACUCUGCACAGCGAGUUGUUGCUGUCACGUACUGCCAUCUCUAUGUAUGUAAAUAUCAUGUAUUAUAAUAAAUACACAUAUUAUUAAUAGUAACAAUAGCUAUAUUGUAAUAAGACAUAUGUAUAAUAGGUGAUCGUCCUCAGUACUUAAACAUUUCCUAGCUCAAUUAUAAUCAUUAUAGACUAUUGUAUAUUUUCAUUCGAUUGCGUUGUGUAUAUUAAAACGGUACUGAAUAUGAGACCUGUUUAGGAUAUCUGAUCAUCUUCCCUUCGAAUAUGUAUAUAUUAUUCAAGUCAUGCAUUGCAUUUAUACUUACCAGUAACAAUGAGGUUUCAGUGCAAACUUCUACGAUUGCGCGACGAUACAUAACAAUAUACCUAGAUACCUAUACUGACUGCAUAUAUUUAAAAUCCGUAUAGCAUGAACUAGUCGAUGCAAAACUGUCGAGAAACAAUUCCUUGCUAAUGGCUUCGUUUACAUACACGUAAAUUACGUACCAUAGCACUCAUUUACAGGCCUUACGCCUUUAUCAAUUAUACAGAAAUUCAGUCGAGUACCUAAAAGGAGCAUCGUAUAAUUGCCAUGUAAUGCAAGUGAGAAAAUGAAAAAAUAGAACCUGUUUGUAUGAUUAACAAAAUGAUUGGAUGAAAUCUGGCAAUAAAUAUAGUAGACGUGUAGAGCGUUAAAUAAUAAGGACAUGAAAUUAAAAGUAAAUCACGAUUUAAACCAAUUACCACCUCCAUGUAUAGUUUUAGUUUCGUAACGUAACUAUACAUACCGAAGAUAUACCUAUAUAAAUUGUACCGAGUACAAGUUAUGCAUGUAACGAAAAUGUACUGAAUGUAAACUGGGUAUAACCGUAGAAGAAUCAUCUGUAUACGGACGUAGAUGUGAAGAAACAACAAAAAAUGAAAUCAGUGUGUUGAAAAUUUUCAAUUUUUUAGAUACAAAGCUAGAAUGUUAGGGACCGCAGUCUAUUCGUACUUAACAGCUGCAUAAAGUGAUAGUCUUUAUUGGAGUAGUAUAAUAAAUUUCAUGAUUUUUUCUCUGAUAUAUUAGCAUAUAUUAGGUCUUCAUAUUCUGGGGAAGGAAAGAGUUGACUUGAGUAAAGAGUCGCACUACGUUAUAGAUAUAAUAAUUAAUUUUAUAAAUAAAUAUAUAUACAUUUCAGUUUAAGUUGCCCGUAGGCAAAUGUAUUUGGUGAUUCAAAUUAUCAUUGUAAGAGAUUGAGAUAGCUCAAGUACCAUUAUAUUGUAUUGUUGGCAGUUUUCCACGGAUAGUGGCAAUAUCAAUAAAUAUUAAUUACAUUAGGGAGGAAUUUCAUUUCAAACCCAUUGAAUUUCCUUUCAUUCAAAUUCAAAUACAUAUUCGCAUAUAUUCGGAAAUAAUUCUCAACACGAAUGAGAUCGAUAACUAUCUCCGGGCAGUUUGCACCCUACUAUACCAAUAGUGCGGAUGUGUCGUAUGUUUAGUACACGCUGACAGCGCUUAAAAAAAGACAGAGACAAUCACAACCGAGCAAACCCGAGCAGAAGCGCGUUCAAUAUUUUUUGAUAAAUCUUGAGUGUUUACAAUAAGUUGGUAAUUUAGAUCAAGUGUAGAAUAUGGUGGCUGAUAAUCCCGAUGAAAUUGAUCCUGCCGUUUUGGCAUUAAUAAAGGAUAUUAAUUACGG